AUGUUUGAAACAGAAGAUAAUAAAUAUUUUAUGGAAGUCGAAGCUUAAUCUAGUUAAAAAACAUAACAAUAAUAGUAUAUGAUAGCUCAUGAUGAAAUGAAAUACAACUUAAGAAGUAAAAAUAAAGAUUCUAAUGUUGAAUGUAAUCAAAUCGAAGACACUAAAUCUGAUAAUUACCAAAUAGCUAAAUGCUAAAAAAAAAUUGUGAAAGAUAAAGAAAAUGUUUCCAAAAAAAGAUAUAAAAAGGUGAGCUGGAUAAAAAUAGAGUAUCCCCUAAAUUUUGAGUUUAUAUAUCCAUUAGUGGGCCAUGUUGUAGUUGAUAUUAGCACCUAAGAUAAAGUGUAUGUAAAAAAUUAAAUAAAACAAGUUGAGUAAAAUUGCAAUAAUUUUACUAUAUAUUCAGAUAGUAUAGAAUCACUUGCUAAAUUUGGGUUUCUUAUACAUAUUUUUGAGAACUCUUAAUCGUAAAUAAAAUUAUAAUAUUCUAUUCUGCUUAAAAAAUACUAAGACGUUGUAAUUUAAUAGGUCAACCUUUUAGAUUAGCUCAAAAAAGAAAUGAAAACUCCUCAAUUUUAAUAAUUAGUUUAGGAUAGAAAAAAAUUUAAGCUCUAAUUUAUACAGACUUAUGUAAAAGAAAAUUUUACUGAUGAAGAUUUCUAUGUUAUAUGUAAUGUAGGAACUAAUUUUUAAUCAAAAUCUUCUAAUGUAGAGAGUAUUUGCUUUAGUAAAUCUUAUUCUAGUUUGCUUGGAUUAAGCGAAGAAUAGGUUUAGAGCAUGUAUUUGAGAAAUAGUUUCCCCUUUCUAGUACUAUCUUAAAAAGGUAGAGAAUAACUCUCUAUGUAAUACCUUUAAUGUUAUCUGCAGCAAGAUUAAAAAUAGCCAGUAGUCAUAAAAGAUUUCGAGGUAAAGACUUUUGACGGACUCUCCCUAUUUUGUAAUAAUAAAAAAUAUCUAGUAUAAGUACCUUAUCCUUAGUAAUUAAGACAUCCUAAGUUAGAUUAGCUUCAUGCUCUCAUGGAUAACAUAAAUGUAUAAACUGUUGAUAUCGAUCAGUGCCAUCUCAGAUAUAUUAUAGAAAAUCGUUCAAAUAAAAAGCAGAUUAGAUAUUAAGAUUUCGAGUACUCUCUUAUGUCUUCAAUAUUCAUGGAAAAAUUCUAUCCAAAGAAACUUUUGGAGAUAGAAAAAUAAGAGUAAUCAUAAGAAAAAGAAGAAAUAUUGCAAGAAUAAAUAUAAAAUUUAAUUUAAUAGUAAGAACAAAAAAGAUGUUCUUACAAAAAUUUAAUAUUUGACUAAUUUUGA